AUGUCUGCAUAUAAAAAAUUUUUAGUCGUCAUUUUUCUGUCUGGUUUGAUUUUAAAAUGUGCAACAAGCAACCAACCGGCCGAACAUGACAGCAAAGCAGAGAGCAGCGAGAAAGCACCAGAAAAACAUGGAAGUAACGCAGCAGGUGGGCAUGAACCAGCUGAAAGUGGACAUGGAUCUGCAGAAAGUGGACACGGAGAGGCUGGCGAGGAGGAAGAACAUGAGGAAAGGUUCCAAGUGGCUAAAUUUGAUUUCAAUUACGUCAAAGUGCCUUUUAUCGUUGGCAUUUGGAUACUUUAUGCCGUCUGUGCUAAACUUUUUUUCCAUUGGGAGAAAUACCUGAGUCGCAUCUUUCCAGAAUCCUGCCUUCUCAUCAUUAUUGGUGUCAUUUUUGGAGUUUUUCUCUACUUGGCGGGCGAGCGCAUGUACGAAGUGAACACGACCAUCUUCUUCCUGGUCCUGCUGCCUCCCAUCAUUCUCGACGCUGGCUACUACAUGCCUGCCAGGGCCUUCUUUGACCAACUCGGCACCAUUCUGCUAUACGCCAUCCUAGGAACACUUCUCAAUAAUCUUUUAUUAGGUUUUGCUUUGUACGGUGUUUAUGAAGGAGGAGGCUUCCAAAAUUUUGAAUCACCUCUGCUCUUGUUGCAUGCUCUCGUGCUGGGAAGUUUGCUGGCAGCUGUCGAUCCUGUCGCAGUCUUGGCUGUUUUCGAGUCGGUACAAGUUAACGAAAUGUUGUACAUUAUAGUAUUCGGCGAAUCGCUCCUCAAUGACGGCAUCUCAGUGGUGUUGUAUCAUUUGUUCGAAGGAUUCAGUGAGAUUGGAAUUGAAAACAUUCAAGGAAUCGACAUCAUAGCCGGCAUUGCUUCGUUCUUUGUCAUUGUCUUCGGAGCCACAGGGAUUGGAAUGCUGCUGGGCUUGUUGGCAGGUUUCAUGUCUCGAUUCACAAAACAUCAAAGGAAGAUGGAACCAUUGCUGGUCCUCGUUAUCGGCUAUUUGAGUUUCAUCAUUGCAGAAAUGUUCCAUUUAUCUGGCAUUAUAUCUUGCACUUUUUGUGGCAUAACGAUGAGGAAGUACGUAGAAGCGAACUACAGUGAGAAGUCGAACAAGGCCAUCCACGUUGUCCUGAAGAUGUUCGCACAGGCCAGUGAGACCAUCGUCUUCAUGUAUAUCGGCAUGUCAGCAGUUAGUGACGUACACCACUGGGACACGGCAUUUUGCAUCCUGACGCUCAUAUUUUGUCUUAUUUUCAGGACAAUAUGUGUCAUAGUGCAAACGUACUUCGCCAACAUGAUAAGAGUUGUAAAGUUGACAAAGAUUGACCAGUUUGUCAUGGCCUACGGUGGAUUGAGAGGGGCCAUUGCAUUUGCCCUGGUCCUUCUUCUCGACCCGCAUGGCUUCCCACACCGUAAGAUGUUUAUCACAACCACAGUCCUCGUCAUUUAUUUCACCAAUCUUGCCAUGGGCACCACAAUUGAGCCGUUGGUGAAAUUUUUAAAAGUUAAAAGACAGCAGCAUAGAAAACCAACUAUAGGAGAAAAAAUCAUGAAUAGGUUCACCGAUCACGUAAUGGGAGGUUUCGAAGAUAUAACCGGCCAAUCGGGUCAUCAUCAACUAAGGGAAAGAUUUUCGACCUGGAAUAACAACUUUCUAAAGCCGCUGAUCGUUGGAAAGUCCAAUCCAAGAACACGAGGUUGGCAAAUAUUGAGCGUGUACAACCAGAUCAACCAGAAAGCGGCAAAGCACCAUCUGCAGCGCAGUGACCACGGAAAGUCGUUGCUGUUUAGAGACAUGUCAUCUCUUGAUUUAAACAGGAGUCCGUCCUCUUUCAACGUUGGCUCCACGUCAUCCAUGGCCAAUAUUCCGCGAGGAGUCAUUAUGCAGCGCAAAAAUUGGUGGGAAUCGACAGCGAGCCUGUCGAGAACUCUACACCAGGAUAUGAUGUUCCGUGAUAAAAAUGAAGAGGCCAACAAAAUUCAUCAUAUCUCUGAAGAUAUUGCUGGCCCUAUUUUGAGAGUUAAAGCGGUACACAAGCAGCAGAAUUCAUUAGAGUCAGACACCGUAGAGAACAGCGUCAUUGAACUGAACG